AUGCCCAGCUACAUCGACGUCCCCUCGUUCCCUCUCUCACACGGCGGCAAAGCGAUCCCCGCUGUCGGCCUCGGUACCUGGCAGUCGAACCCGGGCGAGGUCAGCAACGCCGUCAAGAUCGCUCUCCAGAACGGGUACCGGCACAUUGACGGCGCGUGGAUCUACGGCAACGAGAAGGAAGUUGGAGAGGGGAUCAAGGCGUCGGGCGUACCCCGGGAAGAGAUCUUUGUCACCUCGAAGCUCUGGUGCACGAAGCACCGCAAUGUCGAGGCGGCCGUCAAGGAGUCGCUCGAGCUCCUCGGACUCGACUACCUCGACCUCUACCUGAUCCACUGGCCAGUCCCCCUCAACGGCCAAGGCAACGACCCGAAGUUCCCCAAGCUCCCCGACGGCUCGCGCGACCGCGACACCGAGUGGAGCAUCAACCAGACGUGGGAGCAGAUGGAGGCUAUCCUUGAGAAGGGACUGGUCAAGGCGAUUGGCGUGUCCAACUUCUCCGAGGCUUACCUCGACCAGCUCUUGACAACCGCCAAGGUCGUCCCGGCGGUCAACCAGAUCGAGCUGCACCCUUACCUCCCCCAGCACGAGCUCCUCCAGUACCUCGCCAAGAAGAACAUCCUCGCCGAAGCCUACUCGCCUCUGGGAUCGACCGACUCGCCCCUGCUCAAGGACGAAGUCAUCAAGAAGAUCGCGGACAAGCACGGCGUCUCUGUCGGCACGGUCCUCAUCUCGUACCAGGUCAACCGCAACGUCGUCGUCCUCCCCAAGUCGGUCACGGAGAAGCGCAUCAUCGACAACUACAAGAUUGUCAAGCUCGACGAGGAGGACAUGCGGACUCUCAACGAGCUCUACAAGACCAAGGGCAAGCGCUUCAUCAAGCCUGACUGGGGCGUCGACCUCAAGUUCUCGCACUGGUGA